UUACGUUUGACUUUCAUUUAGAGAAGUGGCAUUCCUGUUAUCUGUCUGAACAUUCGGACUCACUAAGCUGAAACGAAUAUUGUUCGAGGUCACCUCAGUUGAAAUUAAAUUCUUCAAUUGACGAGACACCAGUAGCUCAUAGUAGAAAAGUGACAUGCGUAUAGCAUAUCUUUCCGUUUUGUUGUUGGUGUACGCAGGGCGACUUUGUGAAGCCAUAGAUGUAGCUUGUGCUCGAGAUUGGAACAAUGCAGUUCCAUCUAUCUGCACUAUUCUGAAAUUUCCGAUAGUAAACGAAAAUGAGCAGGUGACUAUUAUCGCUCGGCGACCAGAGCUCGCAGAAAGCCUGUACAUUCAAGUGAAUACCGUGACAAGACUGCAUGCAUCAUUUUUUGAAACAUUUCCAAAUUUGAAUAGAGUGGUUAUUAGCAGAACGCGUGUAAGCCGAAUCAACCGGGCUGAUCUGCAGAAGGCUGUUAACGUAGACGACUUCGAUUUCAACAAUAACGAGAUCGAGGUUGUCGAGGACUUUUCAUUUUCUGGAUUAAACAGAGCUACACAACUGAAUUUGAGUGGAAAUAAAUUAAUUGCAAUUCAACGAAACACCUUCGAUGGACUAGUGAGUCUCAAGAACAUUUAUCUAGGAGACAAUCCGAUCAAAACAAUCGAAGACGGCGCUUUUAAUUUCCCACAAUUGGAGAUAUUAUCCUUGCAAAACACUAAGUUGACCACACUAUCACGCAAUUUCUUCCGAGUGAAUCCGCCAUUAGGUGAGUGCUACAUGUCCGGAGACAGCUUGACAACAGUUGGUGAUUUCUUCGAUGGUAUGAAGAACACACUGAGCUGGAUCGAUUUGAGCGGAAAUCCCAUCGAUGAUUUAAGUUUCACGAAGUUUGCAAUGUUCCCCGUGUUGAGAUUUCUAUACAUUGCUAAAACUCCGUUCAAGAUCGAUGGAGAUUUAUCUACUGCCGAGUCUGCAGAAUCAAAAUUGACUAGGAUUUUGGUAUCCGAAGAUCAACUAAGUCAUGAUUUCAUCAUUAAAGUUCAUCGAAUUUUCAAGAAUCUGUCUGAUUUUUACAUCCAAAGAACUGAACAUAAUAUAACUUUUACCGACGACGAUAUUGAGAAGAUCAUUCCGGGUGUUCAUGUAUACAGAUUUGUCUGAUUUGUGAAAAUUUUGUAAAAUUUACAGUUUAUUUCAAUUCAAAUAAACAUCGGUUACGGCA